AUGAUUAUUAGUUACUGUACCAAUGCGAUCGAAGCUAUUGAGGGAAAGCGCAUAGGUUUGAAGCAGCAACUUGACAUCCUCGGAGAUGAAAAGUACAACGCAGAGGGGUCCGAGGAAGCCAAGGAAUUCCAAACGGCCAAAAAGCUGGCAGUGUAUGAUCUCGAGAAGAUGAUUAAAGAAGCCAAAGCAAAUAGCGCAAAGGCUACGGCUAUCAAAGUGAAGCUGACAAGUUUCAAAAGCGAGACAGAUACUAACAGAGGCUUGGUCAACGCUCUGAACAGCACUUACUCUGGCAAGGUGCUGUCGGAAGGAAAGUCUUAUGACUCGAUCCUGAAAUAUGUGGAUGGAGAGUUGGGCGGCUUGGAAAACAAAGUGACAAAGAAGAAAGAGGAAAAGGAAAAAGCCGAAAAGGACUUCGUGAGUAUCCAAGAAGAAUCAAAUGCAUAUGAGGCUAGCUAA